AGAACAGAGAGGUAAUUGUGUGUGUAUAUAUAAGAGUGGAGUGAGGUAACCAAGCUGAGCGGCAGAGGCAGGACGAGACGUGAGAGCUGAGCAGAUGGAGGCAGGAGAGUUGAGGGAGUGAGUCAAGUAGGGAAGUGUGUGGAAGCCAGUAAAAUGGGCCCGCAUGUAGACAGCAUGGAGUUGAGCAAGAGGUGUUUUUAAAGUGGACUUGGAAAGGAAAGAGAGGAGCAGAGGAGGGGUGGGGUGCUGUUGUGAGCAUAUCCUCAAGCCAGGCUGUACUACAGCCAGGAAAAGGGGAAGGGCCUCCAUCUCACAAACAGCUGCCCUGCCCGUGGAGCACCGUCGGGAAGACUGUUUCUGGAGAAGAGAGGGGAGAGGAGUUGUCCACAUACAUGGGUUGUGUCCUGAGCUCGGAUUGGUGUGGGGAGGACGUGGUGCAAGCGGUCCCCGUGGUCAGGACCCCUUCUGUGAAGAGUAGGAGCCUAGAGAGGAGUGACAGUGGAAGGAUGAGACUGAUGAAGGCAGCGAAGGGGGAGCCUCACGUCUUCAAGGAGAAGACCUUCAAGAAGAGGCGUCAGUGCAGCGUGUGUCACCAGAAUGUGGACAACAUAGGCUCCUUCUGCAGAGUAUGCAAGACUGCCACUCACAGAAAGUGCGAAGCCAAGGUGACCACAGCAUGUAUCCCAGCUCCCGCCAAUGACCUGCGCAGAGGGACCGCUCCAUCUCGAAAUGUCCAACACUUGGGCUCCACCAAGUCUUUGACGUAUACCAAGCAGAGAAACACCCUGCCAAGGAGCUUCAGCGUGGACCGCGUGAUGGAGCGGGUGAUGGAGCGCCACUAUGACUUCGACCUCACCUACAUCACGGAGAGGAUCAUCUCCGUCUUCUUCCCGCCGAAGCUGGAAGAGCAGAGGUACCGCCUCAAUCUGAAAGAGGUGGCCGCCAUGCUCAAGUCCAAGCAUCAGGACAAGUUUUUGCUCCUCAAUCUCUCAGAAAGGCGUCAUGAUAUGAGUCAACUAAAUCCAAAGGUCCACGACUUUGGCUGGCCCGACCUCCACGCCCCGCCGCUGGAUAAGAUCUGCGCCAUAUGCAAGGCCAUGGAGACGUGGCUGACCUCUGACCCACAGCACGUGGUGGUCCUGCACUGCAAGGGUAACAAAGGCAAAACAGGAGUUAUCAUCGCAGCCUACAUGCACUACAGCAAAAUCUCAGCAGGGGCGGACCAAGCUCUCAGUACUCUGGCCAUGAGGAAAUUCUGUGAAGAUAAGGUGGCCUCUUCCCUCCAGCCAUCACAAAACAGGUAUAUCUAUUACUUCGGUGGUCUUUUGUCCGGAGCUAUCAAGAUGAAUAGCAGCCCGCUCUUCCUCCACCAAGUUCUCAUUCCAUCACUACCUAACUUCCAAGGAGAAAGAGGUUACUACCCUUUCCUAAAGAUCUACCAGUCCAUGCAGUUGGUCUACACGUCAGGCAUAUAUGACCUACAAGGAAGCGGGGGAAGGCGACUUUGCGUGACCAUCGAGCCAGCGCUGCUACUUAAAGGUGACAUCAUGGUCAAAUGCUAUCACAGGCGAGCCCAGACUGCUGACAGGGACAAUGUGUUCAGGCUGCAGUUCCACACCUGCACCAUUCAUGGAGCCCAGCUCUGGUUUGGCAAAGGAGAACUAGACGGAGCUUGCACAGAUGAGCGUUUUCCGUCUGACGCCACCGUGGAGUUUGUCUUUUCCACUGGACCUGAGAAGAUCAAAGGUCGCGAGUACCACAAAAACGACCCGGCUGUCACGGUGGAUUACAACACUGCAGACCCAGUAGUUCGCUGGGAUUCUUACGAGAACUUCAACCAGAGAUACCAGGACAGUCUUGAGGAUAUCGACCACACAAGAGGCCCUCUAGAUGGGAGUCUUUACGCUCAGAUAAAGAAGCGCCGGGGUCCAAGUUCUGGUUCUCUCUCUUCGACCAAUGGGAGCAGCCCUGGAGUGGAGGAUCGAUCUGACCACUUCCUCCCACAAGGUUCCGACUCUGCUCUUUCCGCCCAUUCCAGCCCUUUCAACCAAUCAUUCAUCCACCCAGAUCACCACGAAGAGCCUAUACGUCCACCGCCUCCAACCAGACAAGAGCGAGAGGAGCUUGAGCGUCUUCUCGGAGGCAUAGAGGGAAGCAGGGAUGCAGAGCGGGAGACGGCCAUCUUAGAUGAUGGCGAUUCCUCACCCUCAGAACGGAAUGGGACACCAAGGCUUAGUCGGUCUUGUUCCUGCCGGGACGGAUACCGGUCCCAACGAUGUGCGGAACCCGGGUGUGACCGCACUCUCCUCAUGCCGAAUGGUUACUGCCUUGAUCGGGCACCCGGCACCAACGGGCACCACGGGGCAACUCUUUCUCCCAUCCCAAACUCAGCUGCUCCCCCCUCACACAUGGACCUGUGCCAGCACUACAGUCCACAUCCACAUCACUCCCUCCCACCUCCAGAUCUAGUGUGGGAUCGACAGAGCAGCCAACACUUCCUGCACCGCUCUUGCUCCGAAGCGCCCUCGUCACGUCACCACUGCGCCUACCCUCCUCUCGACCCCCAUAGCCACCCCCAUCACCACCCUCUGUCCGCAUCUGCUCGCCUCUGCUGCCGAGAGGAUGACUAUGGCCCCUACCAUCGUCUUCUUCCGCCUCAAAGCCAGCACCAUCCGCACCCCAAGUCCACUGCCAACCCACCCUACCACGACAUAAUGAUAAUGGACAGCGUGCCUCCCCCUGGCUGCCCGUGCAGGGACUGCAGCAUCAGGAGAGAAGAUGCGGCGGCCUAUCAUGGCUUGAGGCUCGAUCGUGGCGACGGCUUCCAGUGGGACAGAGAGGGGGAGCUUCAGCAAAGGGAGAUGGGGCGCCGAAGAGCCCGGGAGGCAGAGUUAGCGCGAGGAGGCUCGGAGAUCCACUGGGAGAGGCGAGGCCGAGAGUUGUCCCUCCCUUGGGAGCAAGACAGGGAGGCGGAGCUUCAGUGGGAAAGGGAGAGGGAGGCAGACUACUGGCACAGGAGGGACCCCAUAACCUCCUACGGCACACAGAGUCACAAUCAUCCUGCCUUUACCUUUGACCCCUUGCCAUCCUGCCACCCUGGGUAUCCUGAGGCGUCGCAUUCUCAUGCUCAUUCCCACCUUGACCUCAAGUACAGCAAUAGCAGCAGCAGCUACCAGACGCCCCGACAUGGAUGUCAUGGAUGCUCGCCUUACCAGCCAUCGCCGUCCGAGAGCAGGGGCUAUGCCUCGGGCUACCAGUCCGAGUCCACUUCGCCGCUGCCUACCGCUUCAUCCGUGACGGGGCCCUGUAGCCAUAGCAACGGCUCAUCUGAGCAUAAUCACAACUACCACCGUCACCCUCCAGACGUGCCGCAGUCAUACGUCUCUGACUCACACACUGAUGGCCUUCGGAACUCUGGUGAAAGCAUCGGCUGGAGGGACCACAUUACCAACGGUUCCUUCAAGAGGGCCCACAGAGAUGGCCACGGUGCUUAUUCCACCCCGUCGGACAUGUCUGGACCGUCCACUCCCGUCCACACUAGCAGUCCUCCAAGCACACAGGAAAGUCCCAGUCCAGGACGAGAACAUGACAUCCGUAAAACAGUCAUCAGCAGUGACUCCAUGGCAUCCCAACCUCAUGAUGGACACUAUUCCUCUGAUAACGGUGUCCAGCAGUCCACGGAAACGCCAUUAAUAAGCAGAACUGACUUGUCAUCCUCCCCACAUGCAGGCAAAGCGUCACACUCAGAAUCCGACAGCCACUGCACUGCACCAACUGUCCCGUCCCCGACAACACAACAGCAGCACUGUAGCUACGAGCCGCCAUCAUCAACACACAGCACUUGUUUGGAUGCUGUUGCCUCACCUUCAUCGAACCACCACACCCAACCUCCCACUCUGGAAACCCCUCACCCAUCAGAGGCUGCUGCUCUGCCGUCCUCUGCGACACAGGCAGUAUGUCACCCUCCAAGCCAGACUCAAACCACCAACGCACAGGUCAAUGGAUGUUCUUCCCCACCCCCAGAAGCUCCCAAAAUGUCCAGCAGCCCCGAUUCUACAAGUGCACCUAUAUCUCCAACUUCAGCAUCAUCUUCCAUCCAAGCUGCAUCCAGCAGCAUGGAUGGCUCCCCUGUUUCUGGUAGCCCAGUUCCUGGUUUUGCCACACUGGGUAGGAGGCUAAUGAUGAGCGGCUCGGACCUCCACCAUUCCACCCACACCCCUCACCACCACUAUGCAGGCAUGGAGCACAAUCCUACUAUGGACAGCAACAAGAAGCACUAUUACUCCUCUGCUCAUCCUCUGCAGCUCCACCCAUCAUCCAGUUCCAGCUACUCUACAAUCUCCAUCCCACUUCCUCACCCUCAGCCACCCCUGCCGGAAAAGAGACACCCACCCAUGCAGCCUGGCUCACCAAGUGAUAGGGCAGAGGCUGCGAAACCAGCCAUGAGCACGUCAAGCAACACUCAGCAUCAGCACCACGUCACCUUCUCGCCCACCGUAGGGGAAAUUGCACCCCCUGAGAGUGAUGUAGGGUCUGAGGAGCCUGAGAAUGGGAAUAGAGUCAGUGUGAAGUUUGUCCAGGAUAGUUCGAGGUUCUGGUACAAGCCUGGCAUCUCCAGGGAACAAGCAAUCGCUGCUUUGAAGGGGAGAGACCCUGGAACUUUCCUGAUCCGGGAUAGUAAUUCCUUUCAGGGGGCGUAUGGGCUAGCACUGAAGGUGGUCACACCUCCUCCUAAUGUCCACAACCACAGCAGCAAAGUGGGUGACCCUCUGGAACAUUUGGUGAGACACUUCCUCAUUGAAACAGGACCUCGAGGAGUCAAGAUUAAAGGGUGUCAGAAUGAGCCGUACUUUGGAAGUCUGUCUGCAUUAGUCUAUCAGCACUCCAUCACGGCCAUCUCUUUGCCCUGUGCACUGAAGAUCCUCGAAAAAGAUCUGAUCGGAGAUGUGCAGGAUGUUCAGCCGGUGAGUAACCUUAGCACCGCAGCUGACCUCCUCAAGCAAGGAGCAGCCUGUAACGUCCUCUACCUGAACUCUGUGGAAACGGAGUCUCUGACUGGGCCUCAGGCCAUCGCCAAGGCAACAGAUGCUACACUGGGCCGCAGCCCUCACCCCUCUGCCACAGUAGUCCAGUUCAAGGUGACAUCACAGGGAAUCACACUGACGGACAGCCAGCGCAGGGUUUUCUUCCGCAGACAUUACCCAGUGAACAGUGUAACCUUCAGCAGCGUUGACCCCAACGACAGGAGGUGGACUAACUCAGACAACACCACUGUUAAAGUUUUUGGUUUUGUCGCCAAGAAGCCAGGCAGCUUGGCUGAGAACGUCUGCCACCUUUUUGCCGAGCUGGACCCUGAACAACCUGCCGCAGCCAUCGUGAACUUCAUCAACAAGGUCAUGUUGUCGCAGCGGCGGUAGACGUCACAGCAAUUGUGCUACGAUUGCCGUGUUAGCAGCUAAUGUGACAGUUUUUAGACCCGGUAGGAAUGUUACAUCUUUUAAGGCGCCACAUCAUCCUACACUGACGUGUAUCACAAAGCUGCUUGUCUAUUACAUCGCCAUGGUAACACAAAGCAUGAAGCUGAUAACCUGCUGCUGUGGUGCAGGUUGAGUUCAAAAGAUCACGUCAAAAUCUGUCAGUAGUACUGGCUAAGUUCACAUUCCUGCGUAACCCUAGGAUCCUUGGCACAGGGCCACAGGUUAAAAUGCGUCAUAAAAUACCAAAAUGCAGUAGAACCUCUAAAUCAAAUGCCCAAGAUGUAUACUUUGGAGUGUUCUGGUAAAAUAUAGCUCUAAAGGCACAGAAGCACUUAGUAGUUCAAGCUUCACAGCAUGCAUCGUAACCCCCCACAGUUCAGCAAGCAAAGCAUUAACUUUGUGCACUUUGCUUGUUCUUGUUUGUUUUUUUUGCCAUACUUAUCCCAAAAGAAGGAGCAAUCUCAUCCAGGGGUGUUAGGAGAAAAAUAAUGUGACGGUAGGAAGUGAAUAAUGUGCUAGGAAGUUAUGUUUUCCUAAUAGUUUUUACUAUUUACUAUAUGUGGUUAACUUCUUACUCUCACUUGUGCGACAGUUAGGAAUGUUAAAAAACCGACAUACAUCAGUUGAAUUUAGGAGAUAAUUGUUUUUACGAAUUGUUAACUUUUUUGUUGUUUCUUUUUACACUUAAAACUAAAGAAUUGCCUGUGUCUGUUCAUAAAGGUUCUUUCUUGGUGACAUUUUCACCCUGAAAGUAACUAUGUCUAAUUCCAGUAAUUCUGCAGGAAAUAAUAUAAAUACGGUUGGAUUGAUUACGUUUGACCAAAGAGGUUCUACUGUAAAACUAGACACAUUCUUAAUUGGAUCAUUUUGCUUAAUUUUAUUUGAUUAAUUGCCCAUCCCUCUUGAAAUCACAUUUUUCAGCACUUUGGAGAGUCCGACAAUCCAUAGAUGGAAAAUAGAAUUGAAAAAAAAGAAAUAAAGAAUACAUUUAGUGAAGCAGCUUUGUGAUUCCACCUGCAUAGGAUGAUGCUUAAAUAACCAGCUGGGUUAGUGCAUUUGUCGAAUCACAAACUAUGUUAACACAUCAUAACUGACAGUAAACAAGACCAAAGACUAUUAUUAUGUUGUUUAGUUUCUCACUACCCAUGCAGGAUGUGUGUUUCCAUCACCAAGUCCACUUGUGUAACACGUCACACUUGAACAUUAACGACAAUCCUGUUUCUCGCCACUCAUACACUGUUCAUGACAGCAAAUGGAGAUUCUAGUGAGCGCAAACAGUCAUGUUAACUUCUUUUAACCAAGUGCGUGUGUGUAUGUGUGUGUGUGGGCAGGAGGCGAUUUGAAAGUAUUCAGGGGAGUGUCGCUGUUAAUUAAACGGAACGUAAGUGAAACGAGUGGGAAAAGGCGACGUGAGGAAAGGCGUACAGUGUUAUUGUACAGUUAUUUUAGUGACUUUUUCCACACGCUUUUGUGUACAAGUCAAACGGCGGCCAAAAAAAUGUAUUUAACCAAAGAUGAAGCACUCUUUGUAUGAAUUAAUAAGCUUUUUAUCCAACUAUAUUUUUGUACUUAACUCCUCCUUGUAUCUCUGCUACGCAUUUAUUUUAGUGAGAAAACACUAUGUUUAUUACAGCAGUAAUAUAUUGUGGUAUUUGUAUUUACCUCUAUAUUAUGUAGUAAUAUAUUUUCACAUGCAGCUAUAGGACCAUGUAUGAGACAUACAGUAAAAAGGAAACUGUUUUGUUCAAAAAGGAUAUUCUGCUAUUUUGUAUGCAAAAAAAAAAAUAAGGAAGAAUAGAAUAAAGUGAUAAUGAUGUGGUACCUUACAUGCUUGUCAUUCAUGGCAUAUUGUAACAAGUUUAUUCACAGUUCCUUUAGUGCUUACUGAAGAGAAACAGAUAUUUAUUAUUUUAAAAAAUGAAAAAAAUCCACCAAUCCAAUUAUUAUUAUUAUUUUUUUUUACAAAGAACAAAAUCAUCUAGAAAUCUAUACAGUGGUACUGCAAGGGUGUGCAUUUCAUGUGACAUCCUAAUAAGUAACAAGUCAUUCACGCUACAUUCAAGAUACAAUCCAAAAAGAGUUGAAAUGCACUUAUGAGGCAGAAGUAUAGCUUCACAUCAUCAUCUAUAUAAAAUACGCUUCAUUAGUUGUGCAUCAGUAAAAAAAAAAACAAGCAUUUUGUGCUAGAAAUGCUUUCAUAUAGCUACUUAAACAACACAGCAGUUUGUACCAAGGCACUUUUGUCCCACUUUUGUCCAUGUCGUUGCAGCCCUGCAGUGUAAAUACAUGCUGGAAUCUGUGCAGAGUUAAAUAAAGCCCACAAAAAAUAUUCCCUGAAAGGGAUAGUUCAGAUUUUUUUUAACAUGAAGUUGUAUGACAUCCCCAUCAACAUUGUAGUCCAUUAACAGCGACUUACCCCCCACUGGGUCUCCUAAGUCCUGUUCUAGUUAGAUUUCUGUAGUUCAGCAACUAAGCGGAACUACGUUCUUCAUUACAGAAGUCUGACCAGAACUGGACUUAGAGUCUCCUAAUUCACGGUUAAUGUGCUAGAAUGCUGAUGGGGAUGGGGAUACAACUUCAUGUAAUAAAUCCAAACAUCCCUCUAAAGAGCAUAUCUUUGGAAAAGACUCAUGUCCAUUUCAACAUGUGGAAUGCAUGUACUUUGUCAGAGGUGUGAGAACUCUUUACCAAAAUCUUAAAAAAACUAAAAGCCUAACAUAGCUUUAAUGAGAUUCAAAAGCCGACCUUCUUUAGUAAGCUGCUCCAUUCAAGACCACAGUCAUGGGUGAUCCAUCCCGUCCUAAAGGUGGCUGUGGGCUGAGAAGGGAUACUGCUGGUGCUGCGUGGCCUGCUGGUACGUGCUGUUGGAACCGCAGUCAAUGUAGCGAUAUGCUUCCAGGCUGUUCUGGGACGUUCGUACCAUGUGUGAGGUUUUCACUGAGGUUCUGCAAAAGACGGGCAGAGUACAGUGUUGACAAAAGGGAAGAGCCACAAACUGGGCUUUCCCACUAAUGUACCAUAAUACUGUAUUUACCCCAUGAUAUUUUUCCUCAGAGAAAAAAAAGUCAAAAAAAGACAGGUCAUCUUUUAUGUGGGGGUGGGGGCUAUAGAUUUACACAUGCACGCCAGUAGGUGGCGCCAAAUAACUUGCGCAAGCAAUUCAGCGCUGUUCUUCCUGUCACACACCAGUGAUCUGAAGUGAUGCAGCUGUGACACAGAGACCGUCUGGAUAAAAAGGUAUCUAAAAAGAGUGGGCCGUCUUAUAAUCGGGUAUAUGCGGUACAUUAGCUUCACAUAAUGAAUAAUAAACAUAAUGAUCCCCCAGUGAACUACAGUCCAACCACUGAAGUCGAAUGCCCCCUGAAGUCGUACAAUUUGGAAGUUCAACCCACAAUUUCAGGUCAUGCUACCAAGAAUAUUAAGAAUUGUCACCACAACCGGUAUUUUGCUAAUUCUUUGGCUCUUUUGAGUGAGGAUACCAGUGAUUAGAAAGAAGAAAAAUGUGAUGACAACCGUAGUAGAACUGGAGGAGAAACUUAUUACAACGCAGGAAAGUGGUGCACGCUCAGGCUGGGUUGGCAAUAAAAGAUGCAACUUACUCUUAACUUUUCAUCACAGUUAAGGGCGAGCACGCAACUUCUUUUGUUUUUUUGAAUAGGGUGUCACAAGAUCUCGCAAGAUGUGACAAGAUUUCUCAUUCAGAAAAAAAACGGUCUUGUGGGCACUUUGCCUGACAUGACAAUAAAUAAAUUAAUCGCACAACAAAUAAUAACUCAAUAAUUUUGCCCGCCGCAAUAUAUUGCCAUGUGCAUGGAAGAAGAGGAAGAGUGUUCACUCUGUGCAUUGGUUUCAGCACCUUGGCACAGUUGUUCCAUAGACCAACAGCAUGAACAGAGUGAGCGCUUUUGUCUGUCAAAGUCUCUUUGUCUCGGUGGGUGGAGGCGGGGCCAGUAGCAUACCCACAGAGUGCAGAAGAGUGUAGCCUUGUGAGGAGCUAUGCAAAGUAAUGUAGUAUAAAUUGAAUUAGUAGUUGGCAAUAUAUUGUCUUUUUUUAUUGUACUUUUCUUACAAAUGUUAAAAUUUCGUCUCAACCUCAUAGACCCAAUCUCAUGUCUCGUCUUGUGAAUUGAGCGUCUUGUGACACCGCUAUGUUUUAAUAAACAGUUCUUUUUCAACCUGUGUGAGUUAAGAAUGUGAUUUAUUAUAGUGACAAUUUGACCCCGGAAUGGAUUAUUUUCAUUUCCAUUAUUUUCUAUGGGAAAAAUGUAUCCUAAAUCCAAACAAAUCGCAAGUGUAUUUGUUGACAUGUUAAGGUUGUACCGCAGAGUUGUUGGAAGUAAAAGUGGGUUACAGGCUGAUGUUGAUGCAGUAGAAAUGAAUGGACAUCAGCAUUGUGGCCUCAGACCAUUUAAGACUAAUUGUGAUCAUAGUAACCCAAAAGAACAUAGAGCACUUACUUUAAGAUAACUGAUAUUAAAAACAUGAAUGUAAAGCGAUACUUACUGCAUAAAAACAAGAAUGUUGUGGACCUUGAUGCUGGGCAUGGUGCAGAAGGCACUGAAAAAGACAAAGGAGACAAAUUACAUAUUAAUCUAGACUUUUGAUGAGACGCGAUCCCUUUUGCAUAGUACUGUUCAAAUUCUAGUGUUUGUUUUUGCAAAUACUGAUUGAUCAGAAUUGACUUGGGAGAAAAAAAAAAAUCAAACAGAAUAAUUUUAAAUAUUUCAAAGGAGACAUUUUACAGCUCGUUUAAAGACCCGGUGUUCCUCGAAUGAAGAAAGGGGCAAAAGUGAAGCCAAUGCAGUAAUGCAUUCUAUUGUAUUUUAUUAGAUUCAUGUAAGUACCUUUCGACCCGUUCAUGCAAAACAGAGAAAGCUCUCUUUGGACUUUUUUUUGUCUGCUUGACACUUACUAGACGUACGGCGCACUUCUGUCAAUCUCCACGCUGACCGUGUAGUUCACCUGUGCGACAUUGAAGAACAGCAAAUUAAGCUAGCACACGGAUAUGAUGAGAUAACGUCUCCAGUGACGAACAACACCUACCUGGCUCUGACUGAGGGGCAAGAUGGUGGUAGCGUUGUUGAGCUGAUGCGUCCCAAUCACCUUCUUCAUGUAGAGCACCUGACAGGUGACGCUCUGCACUCGCACUGAGAAGAAGUUGGGGUUGCUGAAGUUGAGCGUA